CGUACAUACUACAUACCUAUGGCUUAUCUACUUUUUGUUUCCGACCUUUUACUGUUACCCCUAGUUGUCAACAGAAAAAUGGAGACCAAAACCAAGACCCUAUGUGAACUUUCUUCUGGAUCUCUGAGGAAUUUAUGGACGCAAGCAGGUCUGAGGGAAAGAGAGUCUUGAGGUACAGCGAGGAGGAGGAAGACGAAGAAGAAGAAGAAGAGGAAGAGGCUGAGACGGUUUUAGGAGACGAUGGAAGGAGGAAUAAGAGAGUAAUGAGAGAUCUCUAUGGAAAGAAAGGGUCGAAAGCUGGAGGCUCAAUGCCACCUUCUUGUCAGGUGGAUAACUGUGAUGCUGAUCUAAGUGAAGCUAAGCAGUAUCACAGAAGACACAAGGUUUGUGAGUACCAUGCCAAGGCUCAUUCCGUACACAUGGCAGGGCUGCAACAAAGGUUUUGCCAACAAUGUAGCAGAUUCCAUGAACUGUCUGAAUUUGAUGAAUCGAAAAGGAGUUGUAGAACACGGUUGGUUGGUCAUAACGAGAGGCGACGCAAAAAUGCAGUUGACUAUCGUGGAGAUUAAUUUCUUCUUUUUGAACGAUGAACAUUAAUAAACCUUGAGGCAAGCAUGUGAUUGAAAUAAAAUUUCCCGUUGAGAUCUUGAAACUCAAAUCAUUCUUGCUGGCCUCUAAACAUGCUCUCUAUCUUCUGUCAAUAUUUUCAUAUGCUACGAUUGUUGCUGUUGUAAGUUACAACUAUGGAUGAUUAAUGACAUCAAAUUUUACUA